AGCAGUUCAACUGAUAUCAAUAUGAGAAUCCAGACCGUUAUCCUUGGUUGUGCCAUCUUGGCCGUUUGCUUGAUCAGGAGCAGCGAUGCCGCUUGUGCCGCCGCCGUUUGCACACCUACGGAGUGUCAAGAUCCUGCCAAUGCCGCGGAGCCAACCUGUCAAACAACAACUGUCGCACCACCAUCAACAACUGCAGCACCAGGAGGAGUCACAACAACAGCAGCUAGUUCCGGUACAGCAACAACAACAACUACAGUGUCAUCAGUGGUGUCAGCUACAACUAGUGCCGAGUACGCUGCUUUGCUGCGUUUAAGGCGCAGAAUCCGCCGUAUUCAGCGCCAACGUCGUUUGGCAGCACGCAGGAGGCGCAUGGCUGCCAGAAGGAGAGCUGCUCAGCGAAGGAGGGCUCAGAGGAACCAGAGGAGACGCAGAAACAACUAAUUAUAACGCAUACGCCCCGUUUGCCAUUUGCCUUUAUACUGAAUUUAAAUAAAUAAAAUGAUAUAUUGUGCUUACAAAA